AUGUUUUUAAAGCCUGCUACUAAAGCGAAUGCACAAAUUGAGGAGAAAAAACAUUGUAAUAUAGGAACUAUAGGGCAUGUAGACCAUGGAAAGACUACGCUAACUGCAGCUAUAACGAAGAUCUUAUCAAAGGACGGGUUGGCGACGUACGUUUCAUACGAUGAGAUUGACAGAGCCCCAGAGGAGAAAGCCAGAGGAAUUACGAUAAAUGCAGCCCAUGUUGGCUAUAGCACAAAACUCCGUCACUAUGCACAUACUGACUGCCCAGGACAUGCUGACUAUGUAAGAAACAUGAUAUCUGGGGCUUCACAAAUGGAUGCCGCAGUGUUGGUAGUGGCCGCUAAUGAUGGCCCUAUGCCGCAAACAAGAGAACAUCUGUUAUUGGCUAAACAAGUUGGCAUACAGUAUAUAUUGGUGUUUAUUAAUAAGGCUGAUUUAGUUGAUAAUGAGUUAUUAGAACUUGUUGAGAUUGAAAUGAGAGAAUUGUUAUCAGACUUUGGAUAUGACGGAAACACUGUUCCCAUGAUUUGUGGAUCUGCAUUAAAAGCACUAAAUGGCGAUGAAUCAGAUUUUGGAGCUCCAUCAAUACGAAAACUGCUAAAGACCAUGGAUGAAUACGUGCCUCCUAUAGUCAGAGACCUCAAGUCACCGUUCCUAAUGCCCAUUGACAAUGCCUUCACAGUGCCCGGCAGAGGCACAGUAGUUAUAGGCACUAUAAAACGUGGCAUUAUGAAAAGGAAUGAUGAAGCUGAUCUGCUGGGAUUCGGAUACAAUAUUAAGACAACAAUUUCGGACGUGCAGAUAUUUAAAAAGAGUGUUACUGAGGCUUUAGCUGGCGACAACGUAGGCGUUCUACUGCGUGGCAUGAAGAUCAAGUCAGUAGAAACCGGCAUGCUUCUCACAGCAACCAAGUCAUGUCAAAUGAGUAACCAUUAUAAGGCAAAGAUAUAUUUUCUAACACGAAGCGAAGGCGGGCGGAAGAAACCAAUAUUCUCGAAGUACUCACAGCAAAUGUUCAGCGGCACAUGGAAUAUUGCGUGCAGAAUUGAUUUGGAUCCAAGUAUGAACAUGAUGAUGCCAGGCGACCACGGAGAGGUGUACCUGACCCUCCUUGAAGACAUGGUGAUGACGCAGGGCCAACCUUUCACGAUACGAGAGAACAAUGUGACCGUUGCUACAGGCAUCGUGACUGACACUUUAAAAUCCAUCGAUGUACCGAAAGGGAAAUUGGGCAAAGUUGUGAUGAAGUAUGAGGAAAUUAAGGAAUAG